AUUUUACUAUAGUGUAUCGUAACCAUAUCCGUAUUCUAAUUUUUCAAAUUUUGCCGUAUCGCCGUAUUCGUAUCCAUAUCCGUAUCUGUGCUUCUUAGGGUGUGUUUUUUGGAGGACCUUGAAAGAGUCUGGAAAGCAAUUUAGGUAAAAGAGAGCUAAUGAUCUAGGACGAAUAGGGAGGUUAGCUUUUUCCCUUUUCAGUAAUAUUUCACAGUAAUUAAAUAGUUGAAACACUCUGAUAUGUCAAAAUAAUUACCUUGUUUUUUGUGUUUUGAUUCCCUGGGGGAUAUGUAUCAGAUUUGAGUUGUCAAUGGCAAAGGUUAACAAAGUACGACGAAGAUCUGUCUCCCGUCAUCAUAAGGUAAACCCAUAUCCAUUGCCAUCUUGCCGUUUGAAGGUUUUAGGGGAUGUUCAUCAGAAGAAGAAAUGUUCAAAAGUAUCUGAGAAGAAAGAUUGGGAAGAUGCAAUUUGCUCAGUUUGUAUGGAGUACCCUCACAAUGCUGUUCUACUCCUCUGUUCCUCUUACAACAAGGGCUGCCGCCCUUAUAUGUGUGCCACUAGUUAUCGCUAUUCCAAUUGUCUGGAGCAGUACAAAAAUGCGUAUACCAAAGUCACUUCAACUCGAAGUGCACAAUCCAGGCAAGAGUCGAGAGAUGAUCCACAUUCCAGUUCAGGGAUAGGUUGGCCUCAUGAAAAGAGGGAAGUAUCUGAACUUUUGUGCCCGCUUUGCCGAGGACAGGUGAAAGGUUGGACAGUGGUGGAACCGGCACGCAAAUAUCUUAAUACCAAGAAGAGAACCUGCAUGCAAGAUAACUGCUCUUUUGUUGGAACUUACAAGGAGCUCAGAAAGCAUGUAAGGGCACAGCACCCAUGGGCACGUCCCUGUGAAGUGGACCCUUCACUUGCAGAGAAAUGGAAGAAGCUUGAACAUGAGAGAGAAUUGAAUGAUGUGUUCAGCACAAUUAGAUCAACCAUGCCUGGGGCAAUUGUAAUGGGGGAUUAUGUAAUAGAGGGGAACUAUCGUCGCUUUUCGAGAGAUUAUGAUGUGGAAGACUAUUUGGAUGAUGCUCUUUUCAGGUUGGAAUCGUAUGGUGAAGCCCAAGACGAUCAUAUCCUCUCUGAUGGGAUUUCCGAUGGCGGUUAUGGCUCACGGGAUGAGGAAGAUUUUGGUAUACGUCGUGCUAUUGCUUUGGCUGCACCAGGACAUAGGGAUAAUUAUAUCUCCAGUAUCACCCGCCAACACAGCAGAUUAUUGUUGGGAGGUUCAAGGAGGCGAAGGAGGCACAGAGCAGCUAAUGGAGCUCGACGAUUUACAUAAUUAAAUUGUCAGAUAUAAGGGGGCAUUGGUUCCAAUUAUCAAACAAAAGAAUAAGGAGUUUGCCAGGACUUUGUCAUCAGUUUAGUGGAUUUGUAUUUAAUUACAAAAAGAUCCCCUCACUUUUUGGUGAAGUGGCAGCAUUGCAUCUGUAGAAUAAUGCGGAUCGACUUAACUGCCGCUGGGGGUCAGUAAUUCCAACUGAUUAUGUAAAAAGCAGGCUACGCCCUUGCUCCCUGAUGUGGAUGUCUACAGGUUUAUCGAAGUAGGUAGUUUAGUGACAGUUUGCUUAUGAUUUUAGGGAUAGGCUCUCCUUUCAUUAUUUGUGGUGAUCAUUUGAACUUGAGGUUGAAAUGACAGAAACUGCCCUAAUUUACCUUUAUAUUAAACCUUUUUCUUUUGUUUUUGCCUUCGUAGUCUUGUUCUAU